GAGAACGUUGAGGUUUCACUUCACCAACCCUCUCUGAUUCUCCUCACUACACAAGCGCAAGGUGCCUCAAAACGCUUCUUAGUCCCUUCAUUUGUUAAAUUCACAGAUAGUUUCAUGGAAGGGUUGGUGAGUUCUGGGAGCAACCCAGUUCGUGUUUUUGGAGGUAGAAAACACCAAUCUCGUUUUGUUCCUGUGUCUACGCUGCAUCUGAGGAAGAGUGUCUGUGGAAUUAGAAUUGGGGUCAUGAAGAAGCAGUGUUCACCGUUCCUUGUGUCUGCUUCUGCUUCUGUUGUGGGCCAUUUUGAGAACACGCUUCCUUCAAAAGAGGUUCUUGAGCUUUGGAGAAAUGGUGAUGCUGUGUGCUUUGAUGUGGAUAGCACUGUGUGCCUGGAUGAAGGUAUUGAUGAGUUCGCUGAAUUCUGUGGAGCUGGAAAGGCUGUAGCCGAAUGGACUGCUAGAGCAAUGGGUGGUUCUGUUCCUUUUGAGGAAGCCUUGGCUGCUAGGCUAUCUUUGUUCAAACCUUCUUUAUCUCAACUUCAGAAUUUUCUUGAGCAAAAGCCCCCAAGGCUUUCCCCUGGCAUUGAAGAGUUAGUCCAGAAGCUAAAGGCUAAUCACAAGCAUGUUUAUCUGAUCUCUGGGGGCUUCAGACAAAUGAUCAAUCCUGUUGCGUCAAUACUCGGGAUUCCACAAGAGAAUAUUUUUGCCAAUCAACUACUUUUUGGAAGCUCUGGAGAGUUUACGGGGUUUGAUAAAAAUGAGCCUACUUCAAGGAGCGGAGGAAAAGCUACUGCAGUCCAACAAAUCAGGAAGGCUCAUGGAUACAAAGCAUUAACCAUGGUGGGGGAUGGUGCAACUGAUUUUGAGGCUCGUGGACCAGGUGGUGCCGACUUGUUCAUUUGCUAUGCGGGAGUUCAACUUCGAGAAGGUGUUGCUACGAAAGCUGAUUGGCUAGUUUUCAAUUUUAAAGACCUCAUAAGUUCGUUGGGGUAACUUCAUUUUUUUUCGUUUCUUUCCUUUUGAGUCUACAUGAUAAGUGUCCUAUUUUUGAAGUUAUGAUACACAUCUAUAAUAUUAAGUGGAUUAUAGAAUUCUGAUCAAACAAACCCGGCAAAUGACCAUUUCGUUUGUCUUUUUACUAAUUGCCAAUAGGUAAAAUAGGUUUAUUCUUCGUUCAUCGGCUUUUUUUUUGGUGUCGUUUUAUUUGUGCAGAUGCUAUUGCAUUGCUUUUGUAAGUUCCAAUACACUUCAAUAAUA